UUUACAGAGUUACUGUUGGCAAUUACCAACUGUGAGGAGAGGCUCAGCCUAUUUAGAAACAGAAUUCGACUAACUAAAGGCCUCCAGGUAGAUGUGGGCAGCCCUGUGAAAGUACAGCUGCGAUCUGGGGAAGAGAAAUUUCCAGGAGUUGUGCGCUUCAGAGGACCGUUAUUAGCGGACAGGACAGUGUCGGGGAUUUUCUUUGGAGUAGAAUUGCUGGAAGAACAUCGUGGCCAAGGUUUCACUGAUGGGGUAUAUCAAGAGAAACAGCUUUUUCAGUGUGAUGAAGAUUGUGGCGUGUUUGUGGCAUUGGACAAGCUGGAGCCCAUAGACGAUGAUGACAAUGGAUUGGAAAGUGAUUUUGCAGCCCUAGGGGAUACCAUGCAGGCUGAACCUCCCCCUUUGGAAAAAAACUCCAGAGUAUCUUUGAAGGUCGGAGAAAGUGUUGAAUCUGGAAAAGUAAUAUUCUGUGAUGUUUUGCCAGAAAUAGAGAGUCUAGGAUAUUUUGUUGGUGUGGACAUGGAUAACCCUAUUGGCAACUGGGAUGGAAUGUUUGAUGGAGUACAACUUUGUAGCUUUGCAAGUGUUGAAAGUACAAUUCUUCUGCACAUCAAUGAUAUCAUUCCAGAGAGCAUGACACCGGAAAGGAGGCCUCCCAAACUUGCCUUUAUGUCAAGAGAUGAUGGUGACAAAGGUUCAUCUAGUAUUAAUGAACCAAAGGUUACAGGAUCUACCUCAGACCCUGGAAGUAGAACCAGUUCUGAAUUAUUUUAUACCUUAAGUGGGUCAUCUGUUGACUCACAACAACAAUCCAAAUCCAAAAAUUCAUUGUAUAUUGAUGAAGUUGCAGAAGACCCUGCAAAAUCACUAACAGAGCUGUCUCCAGACUUUGGACAUUCAUCACCUCCACCACAACCUCCUUCCAUGAACUCCUUAUCCAGCGAGAACAGAUUGCACUCUCUACCGUUCAGCCUGACCAAGAUGCCCAAUACUAACGGCAGCAUUGCUCACAGCCCACUGUCAUUGUCAGUGCAGUGUGUGAUGGGCGAGCUGAACAGCUUGCCUGUCCAGAAGAGUCCACCUUUGCCCAUCUCUUCUGGUAAUGCAUACGGCCUAGAGGUGGGCUCACUGGCUGAAGUGAAAAAGAAUCCCCCGUUCUAUGGGGUUAUCCGUUGGAUUGGCCAGCCGCCUGGGCUCAGUGACGUGCUAGCUGGGCUGGAACUGGAGGAUGAAUGUGCGGGCUGUACAGAUGGCACGUUCAGGGGCACGCGCUAUUUCACCUGCGACGUGAAGAAGGCUCUGUUUGUGAAAUUGAAGAGCUGCAGACCGGACUCUAGGUUUGAGUUUCUGGAGCCUGUUUAUAAUCAGAUUGAAAGGUGUAAUUCUUUAGUAUUUGGAGGCUACUUAAGUGAAGUAGUAGAAGAAAAUACUCCACCAAAGACGGAAAAAGAAGGUUUAGAGAUAAUGAUUGGAAAGAAGAAAGGCAUCCAGGGCUAUUACAAUUCUUGUUACUUGGACUCAACUUUAUUCAGCUUAUUUGCUUUUAGUUCUGUCCUGGAUACUGUGUUGCUCAGACCCAAGGAAAAGAAUGAUGUGGAGUAUUAUAGUGAGACCCAGGAGCUACUGAGGACAGCAAUAGUCAAUCCUCUGAGAAUAUAUGGAUAUGUGUGUGCCACAAAAACUAUGAAACUGAGGAAAAUACUUGAAAAAGUUCCUGCUGCAUCAGGAUUUACAUCUGAAGAAAAAGAUCCUGAAGAAUUUCUAAAUAUCCUGUUUCAUGAUAUUUUAAGGGUUGAGCCAUUGUUAAAAAUAAGAUCAGCAGGUCAGAAAGUCCAAGACUGCGACUUCUAUCAGAUCUUUGUGGAAAAAAAUGAAAAAGUUGGAGUUCCUACAAUUCAACAGUUACUAGAAUGGUCUUUUAUCAACACCAACCUGAAAUUUGCAGAGGCACCAUCAUGCUUGAUUAUUCAGAUGCCUCGGUUUGGAAAAGACUUCAAAAUGUUCGAAAAAAUUUUCCCUUCUCUAGAAUUAAAUAUAACGGAUUUGCUUGAAGACACUCCCAGGGAGUGUCGCAUCUGUGGAGGACUUGCGAUGUUUGAGUGUAGAGAUUGCUAUGAAGACCCCGACAUCACAGCAGGGAAGAUCAAGCAGUUCUGUAAGACCUGCUGCACUCAGGUUCACCUCCAUCCGAAGAGAAUGAAUCAUACCUAUCACCCAGUAUCACUUCCCAAAAACUUGCCUGACUGGGACUGGAGACACGGCUGCAUCCCCUGCCAGAAGAUGGAGUUAUUUGCUGUUCUCUGCAUAGAAACGAGCCACUAUGUUGCUUUUGUGAAGUAUGGGAAGGAUGAUUCAGCCUGGCUCUUCUUUGACAGCAUGGCUGAUCGAGAUGGGGAUCAGAAUGGCUUCAACAUUCCACAAGUGACACCCUGCCCUGAAGUGGGAGAGUACUUGAAGAUGUCUCUGGAGGAGCUGCACUCCUUGGAUUCCAGAAGGAUUCGAGGCUGUGCACGCAGACUUCUUUGUGAUGCGUACAUGUGCAUGUACCAGAGUCCAACCAUGAGCUUGUACAAAUAACAUGUCAUCUGAAAGGGGCAGAGGCCAAGCACAAAGCUUAACACCAUGUGUCUUCCAGCUGGCACCCAUUAUGGGCAAUGGGUGUCUUUUGUGUUGAUGGCCCUUUAGCAAAGGAUUCCUGUGUUUUUAAACAAAUUAUUUUUGUGUUCUUGAAGUAUUUAAUAAGCAUUUUGCACUCUAGGAAGUAUGUUUUGUUGGUUUUUUAAAAGUUUUAAUGAAGUUUAGUUUAAAUUAAGUUAAGUUUUGUUUUUUUAAGUUUAUUGAGUUUAUUGCAUUGAUAAUAUAAUAUUUUUGGAAAGAUACAAUUUUAAUUGUUACGUCUAAAAUCUUUUAGUCCAUUGAGGAUGUAAGUAAAUAUUUCUUCUUAUGGACCAAGGAUAUUAAAUCGUUUUUCUUUUUUGAGUGCCUUGAGGAAGAAAUAAUAUGGUUUUACUGAGUCUGCUGGUGGGUGGCCUUAAAUGGCAUUACUUUAUCCUCAAGAGUACCGCAGGGUCCUGGCCACUCUCCUGGGAGUGCUGACAGUUUAGUAUCAUCCGAUUUGAGUUCUCAUUUUCUUCCCAACGGAUUUGAGGGAGAAGGGCUUUGAUGUAGGGAUUGUCCUUCCAGGCACCGUAGGCCUCUGCACAGUUCUCUUGUGCUUUUAAAUACUGCUUAUGUUCACUAAUUAUUCAUUCUAAAGGGAUUAUGCAGGAGAUGCAACUGUCUUUGGUUUUAUAUUAUGAAAUAGCCUUGUAUUGUGGGAUGUUAACUCUGGAGAGUCGCCCUCAUACUCAAAGUAUUCAUUAAAAACAAUCCCCUGAUACUCCCUAGGGGGUGUGUGGCUAUUAUCAGGCUGACCCAAAGGAACACAUUUUGUAUUCCAUUUCCUUUACUGGUAUCUUGUUAAAAAUUUUUUGCCUGAAGAAUAUUGUUUUGUUUGUGAAAACAUGAAUAACAUUGUAUAAAACAGUCCCUUUCUGUCCGAAUGCUCCAAUGUAGCCUUAAUUUUGUUAGAGACGAUUG